CAGGACCUCAGGAAGCGGAGAAGUUAUAUAGCCGAGGAAGGGAGGGUGUGUAACAGAGUGGUUGCCGGGAACUGAAAAGCUCAGACAGGCCCCAGGAGUCAGGGGACACAGCCUCUUUUCUCAGAAACCCAGUCUGGACCACCAGCUUCCUCAUUCCUCAGGACCCAGAAACCCAGCACUCACCCCCAUGGAGCCCUGUCGGUCCCUGGCCCUGCUGGCUGGCUCCCUGGCCCUGACAUCUGUCCUCGUUGCUAUGAGCACAGAUUUCUGGUUUGUGGCCCAUGGGCCCAACUACUCUUCUCACUCCGGCCUCUGGCCAAAGGGGGAUCAGCACUCUGUAGCAGGCUACAUCCGCGUGACGCAGACCUUCAACAUCCUGGCUGCCCUGUGCGGCCUGGCAUCUGUGGGUUUCCUGGUCCUGUCCUGCAUCCCCUCGCUGUCUGCCCCAGGCCAAGGCCCCCUGGUUUCUUCCAUCACAGCCUUCAUCGCAGCCCCCACCAUGGCGGUGGCCAUGACGGUCUAUACCAGUGAGCGGUGGAGCCAACCUGGAAACUCCCAGGUCCAGUCCUUGUUCGGCUGGUCCUUCUACCUGGGCUGGACUUCAGUUCCCCUUUUUCUCACUACAGGUGGCCUGAGUCUGGUUGCCCACUGCCAGGCCCCUUGGCCCAACUACGACACCCUGUGAGCUGCAGGUGAAGACAGCAGGUGUGAAGGCAUCGUCAGGAACCACAGGAUCCCCUGGCCCUCCCUCGGCCCUCCCCACCAGCCCUUCCAUAGCCCCUUGGUUUGUGUCUUCAUUCAUUCAAAAACAGAUUGCUGGAAUCUGA